CUUGAACCUGGGAGGCAGAGGUUGCAGUGAGCCAAGAUUGAGCCACUGUACGGCUGCCUGGGCGGCAGAGUGAGACUCCGUCUCAAAAAAAAAAAAAAAAAAAAAACUCAUAGAUUGCAUUUUUAUGUCUAAGUAGUUUUCACUGUCACCAGUGUUUACCCCUAAGUUUGUAUUUGUCCCUCAUUUCCAAGAGUCUCAUCUCUUAUUUCUCAGUUAUAUUUCUGUAUACACUGCCCUUUUUAUUGAAGAUUGGCAGCCAGAUUACAUAUUUAUUCUUGGCUCUGAAAAAAUGUCAGCUUUCUAGAUGAUUGGACAAGUCACUUUACCUCUGAGGAGCUUGGUAGCCUAGUCAGCAAAUUAAGAAUCACCAAAAUAGCAUCUACCGUGUUCCAGACAAGGUGCUUUUAUUUACUUAUUUUAAUUUUUUCAGAUGGUCUCUCUGGUUGCUGAGGCUGGAUGGAGUGCAGUGGCAUGAUCUUGGCUCACUGCAGCCUCUGCCUCCUGAGCUCAGGUGAUUCUCCCACCUCAGCCUCCCAAGUGGCUGGAACUACAGGUGCGCACCACCACACCCAGCUAAUUUUUUUGUAUUUUUAGUGGAGACAGGGUUUCUCCAUGUUGCCCAGGCUGGCCUUGAACUCCACCCGCCUUGACCUCCCAAAGUGCCGGGAUUGAAGGCAUGAGACACUGUGCCCGACCAACAAGGUGGUUUUAAAACAUCCGUUUUGCCAGGUAUGGUGGCUCACACCUGUAAUUCCAGCACUUUGGGAGGCUGAGGCGGGUGGAUCACCAGAGGUCUGGAGUUCGACACCAGCCUGGCCAACAUGGCAAAACCCCUCUUCUACUAAAUAUACAAAAUUAGCCAGGCAUGGUGGCACAUGCCUGUAAUUUCAGCUACUUAGGAGGCUGAGGCAGGAGAAUCCCUUGAAUCCCGGAGGUAGAGGUUUUCUGUGAGCCGAGAUAGUGCCAUUGCACUCCAGCCUGGGCAACAAGUGCAAAACUCCUUCUCAGAUAAAUAAAUAAAUAAAACAUCUCUUUUGAUGUCAUUCUCUGUAGUUGAGCUGGUAAGGCAGAGGAUUUGGAUCAGAUCUCUCUAAUUGGCCUUUAUUUAUUUAUUUAUUUAUUUAUUUAUUUAUUUAUUUAUUUUUUGAGACAGAGUUUUGCUCUUGUUGCCCAGGCUGGAGUGUAGUGGUGCGAUCUCGGCUCACUGCAACUUCUGCCUCCUGGGUUCAAGUGAUUCUCCUGCCUCAGACUCCCUAGUAGCUGGGAUUACAGGCAUGCGCCACCACGCCCGGCUAAUUUUGUAUUUUUUUUUUUUUUAGUAGAGACGAGGUUCCUCCAUGUUGGUCAGGCUGGUCUCGAACUCCCGACCUCAGGUGAUCUGCCCAUCUCGGCCUCCCAAAGUGAUGGGAUUACAGGCAUGAGCCACUGCGCCCGGAUUAAUUGGCCUUUUAGUUAAAAAUAUUUUUUUUUAAGGGGCAAGCAUUAAGUUCCUUUAGUACUCAGUAAAAUACAGGUAGGUGUAUAUCAGUAUGAAGACACUUGAACUACAAACUUCUCUACCUAAAGCUUCAUUUUGUUCCAGUUGUCAAAGUGGUGAUCAAAAUCUGUUAGCUUGGGUUACCUCUGGCUGUUGGGUACCUGCUUUUCUUUUUGAGGAAGACUGGAACAUGUACUAGGUGAUGAGUAAAGGUGCGUGUUUUCAGUACUGAUAAGUGUCCAGGUUUUUAACCCGAUAGUGACUGAAGAUCCGAAGUCAUUUCCCUCCUUUUGGCUAUCAAGAAGUUAACUCAUACAUUCAUUCAUUCAUUUACUUGUUAACUUAGUCAACAAAUAUUUGAGGGUCUUACUAUGUGCCAAGUACAGUUCUAACACUGAGGAUAUAAUAUAGAAUUAAUAAUAGGCUUUUUUAGAAUAAGUAUAGGAUUUCAAGUGGUAGUAUUCAGAAAGACAACAUGGAGUCAUAGGAUAGAGUUCCAAGGUAGGGUUGGGGUGGGUGAUGUUUUUAGAUCGGUGGCUGGUGUAAGAACCUGAAUAAAGAAUAUUCUAGUCUAAAUGAGCUUGGGAUAAGGCCAGUAUGUCUGAAGGGGUGAGCACAGCUGGUGGUCAAGGGCAGUGGCUGUUAGAAACAUAUUGGGAAAUUCCAGCAAGAACCAGAUAGGGGUAAGGUCUUAACGGUGCAAGAAGAGGAGUUUGAAUUUAUUUAUUUAUUUUUUGAGAUGGAGUUUCACUCUUGUAGCCCAGGCUGGAGUGCAAUGGCGCCAUCUCGGCUCACAGCAACCUCCGCCUCCCGGGUUCAAGCCAUUCUCCUGCCUCAGCCUCUGGAGUAGCUGGGAUUACAGGCAUGCGCCACCACAUCCGCCUAAUUUUGUAUUUUUAGUAGAGACGGGGUUUCUCCAUGUUGGUCAGGCUGGUCUCGAACUCUGGACCUCAGGUGAUGCCCGCCUCAGCCUCCCAAAGUGCUGGGAUUACAGGCGUGAGCUACCGCGCCUGGCCACUUGAAUUUAUUUCAAUUGCCUUAAAAAAAAAAAAAAAAAAAAACUAGGCCAGAUGCGAUGGCUCAUGCCUGUAAUCUCAACACUUUGGGAGGCCAAGGUGGGCAGAUCACGAGGUCAGGAGACCAGCCUGAUCAACAUGGUGAAACUCCGUCUCUACUAAAAAUACAAAAAUUAGCCAGCCGUGGAAGUGUGCGCCUGUAAUCCCAGCUACUUAGGAGGCCGAGGCAGGAGAAUUGCUUGAACCUGGGAGGCCGAGAUUGCACCACUGCACUCCAGCCUUGGCGACAGAGUGAGACUCUAUCUCAAAAAAAAAAAAAAAAAAAAAAAAUUAAAGCCAAGUCUGGGCAUGUAAUCUCAGGCCUGUAAUCUCAACACUUUUGAGAGGCUGAGGUGGGAGGAUUAUUUUUGGGCCCAGGAGUUCAAGACCAGCCUGAGCAACAUAGAGACCUCAUCUCCCAAAAAUGAAAAAAAAGUUAGCCAUGUGUGGUGGCACACACCUGUAAUCCCAGCUACUUGGGAGGCAGAGACAGGAGGAACACUUGAGCCCAGGAGAUCAAGGCUUUAGUGACCUGUGAUUGUGACACCGCACUCCAGUCUGGGUGACAGCAUGACCUGGUCUCUUUAAAAAAAAAAAAAAAAGGCAGGAAAUUUAUUGGCUAUUAUCCAGCCCUUUUUCUAAAUUAAACCACCCCAAGUACUAUUCUCAUCAUCCUUGCUUAUUAUAUGUUAACAAUUGCCAUAGUUUUGUGGGUUUUGUUUGUUUUUGAGACGGAGUCUCACUCUGUCGCCCAGGCUGGAGUGCAGUGGCGUGAUCUCAGCUCACUGCAACCUCCGCCCCCACGGUUCAAGCAAUUCUCCUGCCUCAGCCUCCCUGGUAGCUGGGAUUACAGGCGCGUGCCAUCAUGCCUGGCUAAUUUUUUUUGUAUUUUUGGUAGAGACGGUUUCACCAUGUUGGACAGGCUGGUUUCGAACUCCUAACCUCAGGUGAUCUGCCCACCUCGGCCUCCCAAAGUGCUGGGAUUACAGGCGUGAGCCACCGUGCCCGGCCGAGAGGAUUGCUUCUGAGCGCAGGCAUUUCAGACCGGUCUGGGCAACAAAGAGUUCGUUUCUAUAAUAAAUUAAAAAAAUAGCGAGGCCUGGUGGCACGCACCUGUAGUCACAGCUACUUGGGAGGCUGAGGAGUUCCAGGCUGCAGUGAGCUAUGGAUAGUGCCACUGUACUCCACUCUGGGUGACAUUGCAAGAACUGUCUCCAAAAAAGGCAGGGAGAUUAUUUAAUGUGGUUCAUUCAGGAUGAGCUUGUAAAGUGUUACAUAGCUAACUAGACCUAGUUGGGUUUCAGAGGUCAAAUCAGGUAAUUAGGUUUUGGGCUGCAUGCGGAGGUGGUUAGUAGUUUUGAUGUCCGCACACUGGGCUUGAACUGUGAUCCUGAGAUUUAUGCUUCAAUCUGGAGAGAUUAUUACUUACAGUGAGUUGAUCCUUGUUAUACUUUGGUAUUUUGGAAGAAAGUUUUAUCCCCAGACAUGCUGAGACAAGAGAUCUAACUGAAGGAGAUGAGAGGAUUUCUAUACCAUAUGCGUUACCUUCUAAUGCUGGCCACCUCUGAAGGGCACGUGGCAGCUGAGACGAAAUUGAUUUUCUUCAUCACUGAUCCCGUGGCCUUUACACAGGCUCAGAGGUGCAUCAGAAUCCACAAUGAAGUGGACAAGAUUAGUGACCAACACAUCUGUAAAUGUUAUAUUUUCUUUUUUUAGUUCCUUAGCUUUUUCUACCCUAGGAUAAAUUAUUGACCAGUUUUCUGCAGUCAGAUUCCUGAAUCAUGUUGGGGUUUUUUUUUUUUUUUUUUUUUAGUUUCACUCUUGUCGUCCAGGCCACUCUUGUCUUCCCUCACUGCAACCUCUGCCUCCCGGGUUCAAGCGAUUCUCCUGCCUCAGCCGCCUGAGUAGGUGGGAUUACAGGGGCCUGCCACCACGUUCGGUUAAUUUUUGUAUUUUUAGUAGAGAUGGGUUUCACCAUGUUGGCUAGGCUGGUCUUGAACUCCUGACCUCAGGUGAUCCGCCCGCCUCGGCCUCCCAAAGUGCUGGGAUUACAGGCGUGAGCCACCGCACCUGGCCCUCGUGUUGGGUUUUAAAACCCACUCUUUUUUUUUUCCCCCAAACUCUGACUUCACCUUUCUCUUUAUGAAACCGUUCUCUUUUUGGGGCGGGGGUGGUGGUGAAGAAGCUGUUUUGGAUGGUGGUGUGUGGUACUUGUGUCAUCUUCACUCCUGAUGAUCCCUUUCCUCAUAAACUCUGCACUGCUUUUAGCCUGUUCGUGUUAUAAGUUCUUCCAUCCAGUCCCUGCACUCCACCUUUUAACCCUUUUCAAAAGCUGCUUCGCAAAGGGUCUUGACUAAAGUUGCUUGCUUAAUGAAUAUGAAGCAGCCUAAGGAUGAGAGAAAACGAGGCAGCAGCUGGACCGUCUGGAGAAUGUUACUUUGUAUUUUAUUUACAGCUGGUUGUGACUAAGCUCUUUCCUCUAAAGUCGGUUCUAGGGGAUUAAAACAGCUCUGGCUGAUGGCGCCCAAUAAAAUAAAACAAAAAAACCUUUGCUGCUCCAGUUUUUUCUCAGGGUGGGGUCGGGGUAUACUUUGAAUCUCCAUGAUCUCAGAAAGGUUUCUUCAUCGCGGACCCUGGGAGGCUGGUUCCCAGAGGGAACUUGUCCUCAGCGUCUCCUGGACAGUGCAGCCUCCUGCCGGGCCUACUUCUGGAAGGCCAUUACAGAGGUCCUUUCACCACCUGUGAGAGGUUUGAUUUUGGGGGAGCUCCGGGACUCUCAAGGCUACAGUGUGGACUACUGGCCCAAGGAGAAGGUUGGUUUCCUGAAGUGGUGGGUGGUGGGUUGGGGGGGUCUUCGUUGUUUUUCUUCCCUGGCAUGUGCCUGCAUAAGCUAUUUCCACAGCGUCCUGGCCGCGAGGGGGGUGGUGCUUGGGAGGUUAGAGGGAGACACCUAGAGUGAACGGCAAAAUGGAGCGCGGAAUACUGUCUGGCUGUGCACGUGGAGGUGGCGAAAUGUGGAAGCUUAACGAAGUUGGCGCCAUGAAGCUAAAGACUGCUACCCCGGGGCUCUAGCUCGCUCCGCCUAAUGGCGGGCCGCACCCCGCCGGCGAAGCCGACGUUUGUAGGUCCGCCCUCACGCUGAUCUCUUGCCCAAUCAGUGUGUUCGGCUUCGCGAGGUUGGUGCCCAUUGGCUUUCGCAUAAAAGCUCCGAGGUUACAGACGUUUCCACCUCUUGCCGGCCUCUUAGGUAAUUGGCGUCCGUGGUAACCAAUCAGGAAGAGGAUCUGCGGGAUCGCCGGCCUUUUAUUUUUUGAGUGGCCAAUCCGGUUGUAGGCUCACCUCCCCCUUCUACCCAGAGCAGUGCUGCGGCCGCCGCCAUUUUAGCGUUUUGUCAGAAGCGUCCGCGCCGCGAGGAGGAGGCCCUGCUGGUUUCUGUGCGGGUGAGACUCCGAGCCUUUCCACUGCCUUUCUUGUACUGUGUUAAAUCUUCUCUCACUCCGUUGGGCUUCGGGCUUGUCCUGGUAGGUUCGCAGCCUCCACACCCGUCACUGAGAGCCGACCUCGGUCCUCGGCACUGCGCGGCUCUUGUCAGGAUGGUGAAGCUGUUCAUCGGAAACCUGCCCCGGGAGGCUACAGAGCAGGAGAUUCGCUCACUCUUCGAGCAGUAUGGGAAGGUGCUGGAAUGUGACAUCAUUAAGAAUUACGGCUUUGUGCACAUAGAAGAUAAGACGGCAGCUGAGGAUGCCAUACGCAACCUGCACCAUUACAAGCUUCAUGGGGUGAACAUCAACGUGGAAGCCAGCAAGAAUAAGAGCAAAACCUCAACAAAGUUGCAUGUGGGCAACAUCAGUCCCACCUGCACCAAUAAGGAGCUUCGAGCCAAGUUUGAGGAGUAUGGUCCGGUCAUCGAAUGUGACAUCGUGAAAGAUUAUGCCUUCGUACACAUGGAACGGGCAGAGGAUGCAGUGGAGGCCAUCAGGGGCCUUGAUAACACAGAGUUUCAAGGCAAGAUAACCCCUGUGACAGAAGGCUACUGUUGCUGUAACAAAGGGCAUACAUACAUUUUCAAGAACUGCAAUUUAAUUUUGGAGUCCAGGAAAAGCAGAAGAUGCUGAGAUGUCAUAUAUGGCGAAUUGCACUAUUCUAAAUGUGUUUUGUUUUAAUCUUUCACAGUAAACAAGCUUUCAGAAAUGAUGGUCACAAGGGGUAGGAUAUCAAGGAGCAGCCAGUCAUUCACCCAAUUCCAACACACCUACAUGUCACACUGUCACAGAGUGAGAGCCACAGUUCCAGUAGUUCCCCUAAUUGACCAAAUCUCCCUUGCCAAAUCAAAAGAAGAAAUCAUUCCUAGAAUUCUCUAAUCCUUCUAUUGAUGAUGGGAACUCCAGACACCAAUGGCUGGGGGAAAAAAAAAGUUAACUCACACCAAGUUCCUCUACUUAUUACAGACAAAGGGCCAAAUCUUGGUCUUGAUCUGUGCCAAUCGACUUCAAAAGUUGUGACGUUCUUGGAUCAGUUCUGCUAGGGUGAGACCCGAAUUUGGAUCCCCAACAGUUCUGGAGUAUUUCAUCCUGGCAGCCUCAUUAACAUCAGGCUCCUGGGACUGCAACCAACUCAGGGUUAUUCAGUCCAUUUGAGGUUCACACCUGGAAGGUAAGUUUCUUUAAAAGUCAUCGCUAAAAAGAGGUUAGUUGAACAACCACUGCUUGCAGUCAAAAUUCAUUUUAAAAUGUCCUAGCAAUACCUUUUGAAGACCACAAUAUAUGAAUUUAAUAUUUAACUUUGAAACAUAAGAGACAGGUUAUCUGAUAGAUUUAUACCAGCUUACUUCGGAAGCAUAUCCCACCUCAUGCUAGAUCCAGCUGCAUUAAAAGUAAAAAUUAAUGGCAAACUAUAAAUUUUAAGAUCAUUUGCUUCACACAUAAACACAGACUAGCUGCAUGGUGGUCUCAAGAGAUCUCAAGUCUUGCUGACAUGCAUAUAGGAUACAACUUAUUACAGGUUCAUAACAUUUGCUUCUCAAUUCACAUAAAAGAGCAAAUUGCUGUGGCUUUGCUUUUUAAUUUUUUUUUCUUUUUUUUUUUUUUUUAAGAGAGAGAGGAGCCACUCUUGCCCAGGCUGGAGUGCAGUGGCUAACUGCAGUCUCUCACUCCUGGGCUCAAGGGAUCUUCCAGCCUCAGCUUCCUGAAUAGUUGGGACUACAAGCACAAGCCACUGUACACAGCUGCUUUGUUAUCUUCUACAUAUAUACCAAAGGGAUAAGUUAGGAACACCAGAAACUCAGUAGUAACUCACUUUAACCUUGCUUCUGGGGCUCCAAUUCAAGUGAUGCUCAAUUUCAAGGUACAAGGAAAACCAUGAGAAUAUAAAGUCAUAAUGCCAUUUCCACUCAGAUGAAAAGAUUUAUCUAUCUUUAGAUACUCAAAAUUAUUCUUGGCAUUUUAGCACUUUUGGUACACAUUUCCUGAUGUAGGAAAUAGUAAAAUUUCAGAGCCUAUGGCAUUGGCUUUCACCACCUAUGCAAUUUUCUACACAUCUGAAAAUUACCAGUUUAUCUAACUCCUUAAAUGUUCCUCUCUUCAACAACAAAAAACACAAAACAAAAAUUGCUGGAAGAAACAGGAAGCAUCCAGGUCCAAAUGACAGCAUAACAGGCUAUGAAGAAACAGGGCUUAAGUGCCCAUCUAGAACAAGAUGGUCUAGAUUACAAUAAGGACCCCAUGGGACAGAACAUCAAAACAUUCAACUUUCAAGUAAAUGUCUUGGAAGUAAACAUUUAAAAUUUAUAGGACUUCCUCUGGCAUGUAGGUAUGAUAUUAGAAGAGUUUCCUUUGACAAAGGACAAUGACCCAAGAAGUAGGUUUUUUUUGUUUUGUUUUGUUUUUUUUAAAUAAAGGAGAGACAGUCUCACUCUGUUGCCCAGGCUGGAAUACAGUGGUGUGAUCAUAGCUCACUGCAGCCUCUUUUAACUCCUGGGCUCAAGCGAUCCUUCCAACCUCAGCAUUCUGAGUAGCUGGGAUCACAGGUGCUCCCCAUCACACCCUGCUAAUUUAAUUUUCUUUGUAGAGACAGGGUCUUGCUAUGUUGCCUAAGCUGGUCUUGAACUCCUGGGCUCAAGUGAUCCUCCCGCCUCAGCCUCCCAGUGUUAGGAUUACGGGAGUGAGCCACUGCCUCUGCCUUCAGGUAGCAGUUUUAUUAGCAAACUAUAAGCCUAAAGUAAUAGUUAAAAUUCUCACUGUGAUAUUCAUUACUAACCCCUGAACCUGUACCCUUCAGCUUACCACUACAGUACUUCUGUAGUAGAGCGAGCAUGGGUUUUGGUAUCAGACAGGUCCGAAUUUGAAUUCUGAUUCUACCUUUCAUUUACCAAAUGACUUUGGGCAAAGUACUUAACCUCUCUGAGCUUUAGUUCCCUUCUCUGUAAAAGAAUAAAAUAUUUCAGUCUUAUCGUAUAGAUGAUAUACAGAGGGCACAUAACAAAUGUUAGAUCUCUCAAAUGUUUUUCUGUAACCCAAAUAUGCUUACAACUGAUUAAAGAAUGUUCUAACAAA